UAAGCUCCCGAAGCCAUCAAACAGCUGUCCACUUCUGGUCAAUUCCGAGUGCCAAUCCAUCUCAUUUGAGAAUCAACGGAAAAGCUACACCAGUCCUCAAUUAUAUCGUGAUUGACUUCAUCUUUACUUGCACUCUUCUUAGUCCUGCAUCGACGACAAUGGCUGCUGCAGUGGACACCUCCAAUACGGAGCUCAGCAAGCAAUAUGACACUCCCAUGGGUCUAGCUCACUCGACUAUGCAAGCUCUCAAGGACAGGAUCAAGACUCACUAUGACCUCGCGAGUGACUACUAUCUGAGUCUCUGGGGUGAACACAUCCACCACGGCUACUGGGAAGACGGCUCCGAAACAAAAGAACAGGCCCAAGUAAAGCUCAUCCAGCUCCUCCUCCAGCUCUCCGGCGUCAGCGAGAACAGCAACGUCCUCGACGUCGGCUGCGGCAUCGGCGGCACCUCCCGCUACCUCGCCUCGACCCUCGGCUGUUCCGUGACGGGCAUCACCAUCUCGACCAAGCAGGUCGAGAUCGCCAACAGGCUCACAAAGGCCGAGUCGGAAAAGCAGCAGGCAUCUGCUGCGUCUACUGCGUCUGCGUCUGCAUCUGCGACGGAGACGCCGGACAAGGGAAAGGAAGUCGAAGCCGACGCCGAUGGCUUCGUCCCGCUCGGCCGCGGCAGGAUCCGCUUCAUCGAGCUCGACGCCGAAAAGAUGGGCGACUUCUUUGCUGGGCAGAGCGCUUCGUUUGACGCCGUGUGGAUCAGCGAGGCACUGAGCCAUUUUCCCAACAAGGCCCUCUUCUUUGAGAAUGCGUUCAAAGUCCUAAAGCCUAGCGGGAAGUUGGCGUUGGCGGAUUGGUUCAAGGCUGAGAAUGUCACCGAGACGGAGUUUGCUAAUGAUCUUAAGCCUAUCGAAGAUGGCAUGCUUCUUCCACCGCUUUGCACGCAGCAGGGCUACGUCGAUUUUGCCAAAGGUGCCGGGCUGUCCUUGCUCGCGGGCCCAAAGGAUAUCAGCAAGGAAGUGGCCAGAACUUGGGACAUUACAUGGACUCUGGUCCAGAACCCCUCUCUGUGGGCCUUUGCCUUUAGUCAGGGCCGAGAUGGCAUUGCAUUCUUGCAGUCUUUCCGCGCAAUGAGGCGUGGGUAUGCUAAUGGGACUUUCCGAUAUGCUGUAAUCUCUUUUGAGAAGCCUAGCGGGAAAGCGUAGAGAGGAUCUUGAAGAUUAAACGAUCUCAAGGUGGGAUUGUAGGUACCGGCCCUAUGAUGCACGAAAACAAACGAGUCGAAUCAUAAACACAGCUGUUGAUUACAAUGGUAUUGCUUUCUACAUGGAUGCAACUCAGUCGAUUCCCAGCCGUUAAGUCAUCGGACGUACGUAUCUACAUUACAAAGCCUUUAAUACAAUCCCUGUCUUUGCGAAGAUGAAAAUUGAGCUGGA